GAGAGAAAAAAUAAAUUUAUUUUUUUCUUCACGCAAUACAUAUGAACUGAAGAAAAAAUAAGAGAAAAAAAAUCAAUGGCGGCAUCGAAGAGCUAUUUCGCUAGAUCGAACUACCGGUUUCUAUCAAGUGACCGGAAUGUUUCAGUAACUCCCGAUACGAUGUUCGAGCUGGAUGAAUCCGAUGUAUGGAACUCACCGGCGACGGCAAGGUCAUCGUCGCCGGAGUUUCGGAAAACGAAUACGAGGAUUUCUAGAAAGCAGUCGAUUGCGAAAAGUGAUCGGAACAGUACUGGAGUAACGGUAAAAACAGCAGCAGCGGUUGCGGCGGCGUCUUCUAUGCCGGUGAACGUGCCGGACUGGUCGAAGAUACUGAAGGAUGAGUAUAGAGAGAAUCGGAGAAGAGAUAGCGAUGAUGACGGAGAAGACGAUGAUGAUGCUGAGAAUCGGAUUCCGCCGCAUGAGUUUUUAGCGAGGCAGUUUGCGAGAACGAGAAUCGCUUCCUUCUCUGUUCAUGAAGGAGUUGGAAGGACUCUCAAAGGUAGAGAUCUGAGUAGAGUCAGAAAUGCAAUUUUCGAGAAAACUGGAUUCGAAGAUUAAAAUUCAAACCAUUCAACCGAUCCAUCGAUCGAUCUAACUGUGAGAAAUUCAAAUUACUACCUACUUUUUGGUUCAACAAUCUCAAAAUUUUCCUUUUUUUUUUUCUACCUAUUUUUGCAAGCGGUUACCGAGUUACAGAUGCAUUGUAAUUCUAACGUUUUUUUUUCGAAAUUUUGUGAGGAAAUCAAUUCGAAAAAAAAAUCAUUAUUAAUAUUAUUAUUAUAAUUAUCAUUUUUAA